AUGUUCUCAAGCCCGUAUUUGCCUCACACAAUCUACGCCAUCGCCUUAACCUCCAUCUCUAUCCACCUCGUAAAUCAACGACGAACUUCUGAAGAAGAAAAAUCUCGUGUCAACGCACAAAUAUCUAUCCUCGAGUCAGUGAGGGACCAAUUACGCUCUGAUAAGCCACUGUCGAGCGAUGAGCUCGCCCGACUAAAAAAACUGGCGAGCGCGCCUCUUCCUGAGGAGGAGAAGCCGCAUAUUCGGUGGAGUGACAUUUUUUCGGGUAGGAAGCCCGUCGUUGGGAAGGAGUCGGACGUGAGUGAAUGGGAUAAGAGGGAUAUGGAGGCCCUGAAAAAGGAAAUUUAA